AUGUUGCGCUUUUUUGGGCCCCGUCUGUUUGCCGCCACGUCCACGCUGCUCUCUCAGAUGCCUGUUGGUAUUACAACUUCCAUAUUUCCUGCCCGUUGUGUUCAGGGGCCUGGUGCGCUGAACUUGCUGGGUGAUGAGCUUCUACGCCUCGGCAAGAAGGCCCUCGUGAUACAGGACCCCCUGGUUGAACAGUUGUACGGGGAACAGUUGGAGAGCGUGUUGAAGGGAAAGGUGACCACUGUUAUGGAGGUUUUAAAGGCAACUGUUUGUGAUGACGAGAUCAAACGCAUUUCAAGGCACAAAGAUGUGGACCUCGUCGUGGGUAUUGGCGGAGGGUGCACGUUGGAUACAAGCAAGGCAGUUGGGUACGAACUGAAAGUUCCCACAGCAGUGGUUCCGACAUUGGCGGCUUCAGACGCUCCUUGCAGCGCCCUUGCAGUGAUCUAUACGAAGGACAAGAAAUUUGACCGCUACCUCUUUGUCCCAUAUAAUCCCAGUCUGGUGCUUGUUGACACUGAGAUUGUUGCUAAAGCUCCUGUGCGGUUGCUUGUGUCAGGAAUGGGCGAUGCACUCGCUACCUGGUUUGAGGCGGAAUCGUGCGCUCUUGGCCACAGGCCCAACAUGACGGGCCGUCUCGGCUCGGCCCUGGGGUUGAGCCUUGCCCGUCUGUGCUACGAAACGCUGCUGGAGUAUGGCGUGCUGGCCAAGCAGGCUUGUGAAUGCGGACUUACUUGCCCUGCUUUGGAGCGGGUGGUCGAGGCUAACACAUUUCUUUCCGGUAUUGGGUUUGAGAGUGCGGGGCUUGGUGCGGCACAUGCCAUUCACAACGGUCUGAUGCAAAUUCCUGAGGCGCACGACUGCUGGCACGGUGAGAGGGUUACCAUUGGCCUCUUGGCAAGCCUCCUGCUCACCAACAGACCGCCGCACGUGUUUGACACUGUCUAUAAUUUUUGCGAGAGCGUUGGGCUGCCAACGAAGCUUGCAGACAUUGGGUGCGCCGGGGUCAGCGACGAGAUGCUUUUGAAGGCGGCAACAUCGGCGUGCGCCCCAGACGAUACUAUGCAGAACGAGGCUGGAACUAUGACACCCACCGCUGUCUUCAACGCACUGAAGGUCGCCGAUUACAUCGGUUGCUCCCGCUCACGAACGAAAUGUUAG